ACACUAUCAAACCGAAGUUCAACCCAAUCACCAUUCCACGAAGUUGUGACUUUAGUGCUCUCGACCUAGUGACACUACAUAUGAAAAUUGAUUGAUAAGUGGCCCUACUUCUGGUCUUGCCCUGACUCUUUUUCAGUACCUUUAUAUUUAUGCAAUGCUUGCGAUGUUUUUGCAGCAAACUUUAUCUCAACUUUGAUUAAAGUGCAGUGUAUAAAGAAUAAAUGUAUCCAUUUAUUUCAUAAAUGUAUUUGAUUAUCAGUGGCUUAGGAGUGAGUUAUUUUGGAGAUUAAUUCUUGUUUAAUUGUAGUAGCUACAAUAACAACAAAAAUCAUGGAAAAGUUCACUGACCAUUCUUGAGUUUUUCAUAAAAAUCUUCCACUGCUUUUUUUAUCUUUUUCAUUUUUAUUUUUUUAGUUCUAUAUAUUUUUCUAUCUCUAUGUGAGCCACAUGUCAGAUUUUGUAUACAGUGAUAGUGUAUAGGUUAUUUAUUACCACUUUGCUGUGUUAGUGCCUCUCACAUUUUGUCUAGAGUUGUAAUUGUUGGUAAAAUAAUUUAAUUAAUCAUAUAUCAUCCAUUCAAAAUGGCUCACAUUAUACGUGAAGGGAAAAAAUCCGACUGCAAGGAAAUAAGAAGACUAAUUCAAGAGUUGGCUGAUUUUGAGAAAAUGCCAAAUGGACCAAAAAUAACAGCUGAAAUUUUGGAAAAAGAUUGUUUUGGGACCGAUCCUCCUUUGUGUGGCUGUUAUGUAGCUGAAGAGGCAUCUGAGGACCAGACAAAACCAGAUGCAGUUUUAAUUGGAUACGCCAUUUAUUACUAUUCAUACUCAACUUGGACUGGAAAGUCAUUAUUUUUGGAAGAUCUGUAUGUAUCAGAAAAAUUCAGGGGAGAAGGUCUAGGUACCAAGUUGUUCAAACAAAUUGCCAAGCAUGCCAUUGAAAAUAAGUGUGUUGUCAUGGAGUUUAAUGUGUUGUCCUGGAACCCAGCUCGAUCCCUCUACGAGUCCCUCGGUGCAGUCAAUUUGACACAAACUGGAGGUGUGAACUUAUUCAGGUUGUCAGGUGAAGCGUUGCUAACAUUUGACAUGAAUAAAGCGUUUACUUUUGAAUUUGAUGAUGAAUAAAUAACUGUUAAUUUGUA